AUGCUAGGUACAUGGGUAGCAAACAAACAGUCGAGCCUGACUCUUUCCGCGCUCAAAGACUUUAGCAACCGUGACGACGCUGGAUUUCGCUCCAAGCAAGCCGGCCGACUCCAGCAGCCCGACGCUUUUGGCUUCAAGUCGGAAGUCGUCGACACGUACCCAGAAUAUGGCGGCGUUGCCUACCUGCAUCAGACAGAGCUGGAUUCUUUCCUGGCUGGAGCAUGUGCCGAUCUUGACGACACCACUUAA